AAUAGUUUUGUAAUAACUUUGAGGAGCGAUCUUCUGACCUUAAAAACUCCGAUAAUAAAUGUUAUUUAAUUAGGACGGAGCGCCGAGGUUGCUCGUGUAUUCGGACAGAACAUAAUUUAAUUCAUAAAAAAUGCCUAGUGUAGUAAAUGUGGACACAAACCCGUUUGAGGGACAGAAGCCGGGCACGAGUGGUUUGCGUAAAAAAGUUAAAGUUUUCCUACAAGAACAUUACACGGAAAACUUCGUGCAGAGUAUUCUGGAUGCGAAUAAAGACUCCUUGGCUGGAUGUACGUUGGUAGUCGGCGGAGACGGCCGGUACCUCGUGAAAGAGGUUGUGGAUAAAAUCAUCAAAAUCUCCGCUGCUAAUGGAGUUGGAAGGCUGCUGGUCGGUCAGGAUGGUAUCCUCUCCACUCCUGCUGUCUCUUGCAUCAUCAGGAAAUACAAGGCUCUUGGUGGUAUCGUCCUCACAGCGUCUCACAACCCAGGUGGCAUAGACAAUGACUUUGGAAUCAAAUUCAACUGCGCCAAUGGCGGCCCGGCGCCCGACGCGACCACCAAUCAGAUCUACGCGCUCACCACCGCCAUUAAACAAUACAAGAUUGUGCCCGACAUUGCUUGCGAUAUUUCCAAGAUCGGCGUUUCUAAUUAUGAUAUCGGUGGCAACAAGUUCACAGUGGAAGUGAUAGACUCGGUCAACGACUACGUGGCGUACAUGAAGGAGAUCUUCGACUUCAACCAGAUCCGGGCGCUGGUACAGGGCACGGAGCAACGGAAGCCGUUCAACGUACUCAUCGAUUCUAUGAAUGGCGUGACCGGUCCCUACGUGAAGCGUAUAUUUAUCGACGAGCUAGGCGCGAGGGAGGGCAACGUGCGUCGUAUCGUGCCUCUGGAGGACUUUGGCGGCGCCCAUCCAGACCCUAACCUCACCUACGCUGCUGACCUCGUCAACGCUGUCAAGGGGGGAGACUAUGAUCUUGGAGCUGCUUUUGAUGGAGAUGGCGACAGGAACAUGAUCAUAGGUCGCGGCGCGUUCUUCGUGACCCCAUCAGACUCGCUGGCAGUACUCGCGAGCCACCUGCAGCUGAUCCCGUACUUCCAGCGCACCGGAGUCCGGGGCUUCGCCCGCUCCAUGCCUACUGCGGCUGCUGUCGACAGGGUCGCCGCUGCUACCGGCUUCGAGAUGUUUGAAGUGCCUACUGGUUGGAAAUACUUCGGUAACCUGAUGGACGCGGGGCGCCUGUCCCUGUGCGGCGAGGAGAGCUUCGGCACGGGCUCCGACCACAUCCGGGAGAAGGACGGGCUCUGGGCCGCGCUGGCCUGGCUCUCCGUCCUCGCGGGGACUGGACAGUCCGUGGAAGACAUACUCAAGGCCCACUGGGCCAAAUAUGGCAGGAACUAUUUUACUAGAUACGACUACGAAGAAUGCGCGAGCGACUCCUGUAACGAGAUGAUGCAGGUGCUGGAGAAGACGAUCACGUCUCCAGGGUUCGUGGGCUCCAGCCACGCCAGCGGCGGCAAGACCUACGUUGUCAAAGUGGCCGACAACUUCUCCUACAUGGAUCCCAUCGAUCAGAGCGUUGCUAUGAAACAGGGUCUCCGCAUCAUUUUCGAGGAUGGUUCCCGCAUUGUGCUGCGACUGAGCGGCACUGGCAGCUCGGGCGCCACUGUCAGACUAUACAUAGACUCGUACGAAGCUAAAGAUGUGCUGGGCGACGCUCAGGUAAUGUUGAAGCCUCUGAUAGACGUCGCGCUGCAAAUAUCCGACCUGCAGAAAUACACCGGACGCGACGCACCCACUGUUAUCACAUAAAUACUUUAAGCAUGUAUGUUUGUAUGUAUGUCACGAAAUAAUGUACUACUUAUAUAACUCUCAUUUUUUAUAAAACAAUAAAUAACCUGAGUAAAAUGUGGCAAUCAAAGUUAGAAUGAGGAUCAUGGAAAGUUACUGUGACUAUUGCAAUGCUUAGUUUUUUUACACUAUCAUACUAUAUGUCGCUUAGUAAGUAUAUAUGUAUAAUAAUUUUAUUAAACAUGAAAUUCUAUCUAUCUUUAGUUCAGUUAAAUAAUUUUAAGUUAUUAAUAAGUUUCUGUAAUGGAGUGUUGUUUAACAUAAUACUUAAUAAUGGUUAAAUAAUAAGUAAUAACGUAUAUUUCUCUCUGUUUAUUCUUAGCGCAAAUGUUAUAGUUUUUUUAACCGACUUCAAUACCCUUAGUAUGAGUUUGCUAAGCAAACUCACCCGUAACGUACGGCGCGUCGCGUUCCGCGCGCGCCUCAAAGAGCCAUCAGACCACCACAGAUGGGGCCCAGUAGGGCUGAUGCCCGAUCCGGAGCUGCGGACAACGUAUAAGGUUACCGGGGCUCCGGCUCAAAGCAGGAGAAGGAACGGGGUGGUUUUUAGUCAGUAAGAGUCUGACACUCUCUCCCGCCUCACCCAGGGCGGGAGAAGUCACUGGAUGCUCUUUUCCCUUUAAAAAAAGCAAACUCAUACUAAGGGCACUAAAAAUGAAGAAGGUUCUUAUGUAUUUACUAUAUCAUGUGCAGUUUUGACUUGUGAUUUUGUUGUAUGUAUAGAGUUUUUUUUUAUAUUUUUGUAAUUUACUUUAUCUACUAUAUUAAAAUUGUUUUAUAGUUUUGUAAAAUAUGGCAGUUUGAUAUAUAAUAAUAAAUAUUUAUUCAUUAAAUGUUAAUUUACGAUCACGAUGCGUGAUCAAAAGCCGUAUAACGUAUAUUUACUAUAUCUUGCCAUAAGUAGAAGUUAAAUACUUAUAAAUAUAUAAAAAUAUUAUAGGGUAAAUUCAUCUAUUCGCGUUCAUGUUACGGAACGCUUUUUAAAAAAAUCCCGAAAAUAAGAAACUACCACUAUGUUAGUAGUUAGUAUACAUCUGUUUCAUCUUACACGUUUUCGGUAUCUUACAUUCAUGGUGAUCAGAAAUAGGGAUGGCUAACUAGUAGGUGGACGCGAACAGGCGAAUAUACCGUAUUUCAAUCAAAAUCGAUGUGAAAUUAUUAUAAACAAACCUUAUGUAGAAUUAUAUCUAUUUUACUUUAAAUUUUUCAUUUGAUUACUAAAAAGUAAUAGUGUAAUAAUGUCACUGCUCUUUUAUAUUUCUCCCGAUUUCCGAAGUCGGACUAAGCGUUUUUUAUUUUAAAUUUAUUAUAUGUAUAGAUAAAAACACUUCUAAAUAAAGUACAGUUAAAAUAGUGGUUAAUAAUCACAAAUUGGAUUUUAUACCUAAAACAAAUAUAUAUAUAUUUUUUAUAUAUUUUCUAACCAUAUAUCUGAAUGAAGAGUUUUAUUUACAAGCAUAGAAAAAUAUUAACUAGAAACAACGGUUUACUCACGUUAAUAUAUUGAGAGAAGCUCUACUAGUUUCGAGUCACAGAGGGACUCACAGAUCAUGAGAAGCGUGCGCAGACGCGGCUUACUGGUAGGCUAAAGGUGUACGUUGUUUUUAGUUAAUUUAGUUCUUACGAUAAAAAUAUUUUUAUGAAAAGGUAGCACAAUAAAUAUAAGCCAAAGACAAUUUGAAGAUUGUAUUCAAAAAGUUUUUAUUGUUAAUUAUAAAUUAUUACAUUUGUAUUUAAAAAUAAAAUGUUGUUUACCUA